AUGUGUCACUUUCAAAGCCCCAAAGCUAAACAAGAGACAGCUCGAGGUUUGGGUUUAUACGUUUUGGACGUUGCCUUGAAAUUUGUAUUCCGUCCAGACCUCCUAGACCUCCCAGACCUCAUAGACCUCCCAGACAUCCCAGACCUCCUAGACCUCCCAGACCUCCUAGACCUCCCAGACAUCCCAGACCUCCCAGACAUCCCAGACCUCCUAGACCUCCCAGACCUCCUAGACCUCCCAGACAUCCCAGACCUCCUAGACCUCCCAGACAUCCCAGACCUCCUAGACCUCCCAGACCUCCUAGACCUCCCAGACAUCCCAGACCUCCUAGACCUCCCAGACAUCCCAGACCUCCUAGACCUCCCAGACAUCCCAGACCUCCUAGACCUCCCAGACAUCCCAGACCUCCCAGACAUCCCAGACCUCCUAGACCUCCCAGACCUCCCAGACCUCCUAGACCUCCCAGACAUCCCAGACCUCCUAGACCUCCCAGACCUCCUAGACCUCCCAGACAUCCCAGACCUCCUAGACCUCCCAGACCUCCUAGACCUCCCAGACAUCCCAGACCUCCUAGACCUCCCAGACCUCCUAGACCUCCCAGACAUCCCAGACCUCCUAGACCUUUCAGAUCUCACAGACACCCAUUGGACGACAUUGGACGGGCAAGGUUCGAAUUAG